AACAACACGCGUUUUCUUCUCCGUCUCCGUCAUUGUGCCUUCGCGGCAGUUUCCGUUCCCGACCAUUCGCGAUUUAUUAAAAUUUCCCCCCAAGUUUCCAUUUCCCUCUAUCUGUAAAUAUCUAGUCUUAGAACCUCUAUUUUCUCUCAGUUUCUCCCCCUUCAAUGGACGAUCUGGAAUUCUCCGAAGAUGGCAUAAUAGGACACAUAGAUUGGAUGAACUUCUUUGAUGAACUCCCGGCUGCCUUGGAGAUGGAACCCCCAAUCGUCCUGGGUGAGUCACCGUCGGCUGAAACCUUGUCUAACCUUUCUCCUGAUUCGAUUUCUUUGUGGAUCAACGAGAUCGAGAACGUCCUUAUGCAAGACGAUGAGGAUAAGGGGUUUUCCCUUCCUAGUGACGACUGCUGCGAUACUUUUUUGGCUGACGUACUUGUAGACUCCCAUGCGGGAGCCUCUGGGGCCGACGCUAUCGUCGACGUCGAUUCCAAUGCUUCCGAUUGCGGUAACGACUUUAACAAUUAUAAAAAAGACGAUGAGGAUAAGGUUUCUUCCAUUCCUACUGGCGAUUACUGCGGUAGUUUGACGGCUGAAGAACUUGUUGAUUCUCAUGGAAGGUCCUCUGGGGUUGAUGCUGCAAUCGACGUCGAUUCCAAUGCUUCAGAUUGCGGCGACAACUUAAACAAUUCCCAGAAGGAAAAGGUCGAUGCAGCGAGCACCGACGACAAUGUAGAUGAAGAUGCCGAUGAUUCUAUUUCCAAAAAACGAAGAAGGCAGCUGAGAAAUAGGGACGCCGCAGUGAGAUCAAGAGAGAGGAAAAAGAUGUACGUAAGGGAUCUAGAGAUGAAGAGUAAAUUUCUUGAAGGUGAAUGCCGGAGAUUGGGGCGUUUGCUUCAGUGUUACUGUGCUGAGAAUCAAGCCUUACGCUUUAGUCUAGAGAUGCGAUGCGCUUCUGGUGCUUCACUGACCAAGCAGGAGUCUGCUGUGCUCUUGUUGGAAUCCCUGCUGUUGGGUUCCCUGCUUUGGCUAAUGGGCACCGUUUGCCUGUUCACUCUGCCUCGACCCCCACAAUCAACUCUGGAACCACCUGUUCCACGAGUAAGAGUGGUGGAGGAAGGUCCAGGAAGCGCCCCGCUCAACGGGGGAGGAAAUGACGACUCCAGAUACUCAUACGCGUCGUUACAAACCAGGAGAUGCAGAGCGGCGAGAACAAGGAUGAAACCAAGUAUGUUGGAGGUGCGAGCCGCGCCCAGUGUGGGUCUGAUUUUCAUUUGAAGGCUGUAUUACGCGUUAGUCUUAUUAGAAAUGGUAGUGUGGUUUUGAGGGCUGUGCAUGUUGGAUGAACGGUGAGACUGAAUGAAUGAAUAAACUGAACGAACACUAUCCAAUAGUAACAUUACUUGCGAAUGGCUCUUUAGAAAUGGAAAUGGAUUGUCGUGGAGUGCCGUGCCGUCUGUUUUGGGGCUGAGUCUAUGUUAGCCAAAACCAUGGAUUUGGGAAAUACCCACUACAUAUCGCGGAACGUAGAUUCCAUCCCAAUCCUAUUUUAACUUAUAUUUUAUUUAUUCACAUUUGUCUUCUAUGAAUCCGAGUCGUCUGUUUGUUUUUA